CACGUGCAAGAGAUCUGGAGGUCCUUACUAUAUCCUGUCGCACUAAUGACGACACCUCUGCUUUCAAACAAACACACAAAGUUCGUAAUGUUAUCAGGAAGCAUGCUGUCCAUGGAGUUGUAGUCAACCUCCCAGGACGUGGGCGCAAGAAGACUCUGGUUCCACCGGGUGAAAAAGCAGUUCGUUCUGCAUCUAUCCAAAAUAAAAUGACAUCUGUUUGUGAUGCCACCAUUGAUGACAAGGAAAAUGGUUCCGAGUCGACGGAGUCUCAGGACAAGGAACAUCCACGGCUUCUCAUCCCAGAGUUAUGUCGUCUUUUCUACCAACUCGGCUGGGUUACUGGGACAGGAGGAGGGCUAAGUUUGAGACGUGGAGAUCAGAUCUACAUUGCCCCGUCUGGAGUGCAGAAGGAGAGACUACAGCCAGAUGACAUGUUUGUCUGUGAUGUGGAGGAGAGAGACAUCAGCUCCCCACCCCCCUGGAAGAACCUGAAGAAGAGCCAGUGCACCCCUCUGUUCAUGAAUGCCUUCACUAUGAGAGCGGCGCAGGCCGUCAUCCACACCCACUCCAAGGCUGCCGUCAUGGCAACUCUGUUUUAUCCUGGCAAGGAGUUCCGCAUAACUCACCAGGAGAUGAUAAAGGGAAUCCGCAAGGGCACCUCCAGAACCAACUACAGAUAUGAUGAAACCCUGGUGGUCCCCAUCAUUGAGAACACCCCGGAGGAGCAGGACCUGAAGGAGCGCAUGGCGCUGGCCAUGGAGCAGUACCCAGACUCCUGUGCGGUCCUCGUCCGGCGCCACGGCGUCUACGUGUGGGGGGAGUCCUGGGAGAAAGCCAAGACCAUGUGUGAAUGUUAUGACUACUUAUUUGACAUCGCCGUCCAAAUGAAGCAGAGUGGAAUGGAUCCUUCAGCACCACCCAUUGAAGAGAACCAUUACGACCAUGUCCAACCAUCCCAAUAAAUGGAGGCAAACAAUCAGGUCCUAAAAUGAACACCUGCCAAAUGUGGAUUUUUUUUCCCCAGCCAUGUCGCCGGGUGGUCAGGACUUCACAGUGAAAGUAUUUCACUCACAUUUGUGAAUAUAGAAAGUCAAGUUUGAUCACAUUUAUAUUGACAUAUAUGCUGCACUUGCUGUUUUCAAAAUAUUUCUGCCGAUUUUUUUUUUUUUUUUUUUUUUUUUUUUUUUUUUUUUUCAUAGCUGGUAAUAUAUAGCCUGUUCCACCUCGCUCUGCAACACAGCCUGGCUGGGGGACUGUGCGCACGUGAAGAGCUGAGUGAAAGAUUACAUUUUUAGAAGCGCUGUGCACAGGCAUAAAAGUUGGUCUAAUUUACUUGAGAAGAAAGUCUACUGAAGCGAAACCCUGUCCUUGUGUUUCUUGAAUAUUUACAUUGUUUUGUUCACAAACUAGGUUGUUUUUCUAUGUUUGAGUUUCAACUGCUUGGGAAGAGAAGACCACGCUUCUACUAGUCAAUCUCACAGGCAGAAACAAUACUGAUUUGCGCUGCCACGGUAACCUCCCUCCCUUAAAGGUGCAGGUGAACAUUUUUGUCUCUGUGAUAUUUUGGUUAAAAAUUAAAUGAAUGAAUAUACCAAUUUGA